UCUGAAAUUACAGAAGGAGAAAGCGUGGCAACCCUGACACUCCGCCCAGCUGACGGGGCUGGACAGCAGGACAGCGAGCGCUGCACGGGCAGCACGGAGGCGCUGCUGACGCCGGUUAUUCUAUCCCGGCACGACCUGGCCCCGGGCCGCUGGCAGCUGAGGGAUGCCCCGGGGCUCCGCUCCCUGAGGGGCCGGGCGGGAGCCGCGCCGUCCCCUCGGGGAGGUCCUGCCGCCCGGCCCCGCUCUGUUCCCUCAGGGAGCUCCUGGCCCCGCUCUGUUCCCUCAGGGAGUUGCCGACCCCGCGCUGUCCCCUCACGGAGCUCCCUCCCAGCCCCGCGCUGUCCCCCCACGGAGCUCACUCCCAGCCCCGCGCUGUCCCCUCACGGAGAUCCCGCCGCCCGGCCCCACGCCUGCGCAGUGCGCGCGGCGCCAUCCGGGUCCCGGCGCGGCCAUGGCGACGGUGGCGGAGCUCAAAGCAGUUUUGAAGGACACACUGGAAAAAAGAGGAGCUCUUGCCCAGAUCAAGGCGAGGAUCCGAGCUGAAGUGUUCAAUGCCCUGGAGGACCAGAGCGAGCCGCGGCCGACGCUGUCCCGGGAGAACCUGCUGAUCAACGAGCUCAUUCGGGAGUACCUGGCGUACAACCACUAUAAAUACACUGCGUCUGUUCUGACGGCAGAAUCCGGCCAGCCUGAAGUGCCCUUGGAUAGACAAUUUCUUGCCAAAGAGCUGAAUAUAGUUGAAGAUGCAAGUGGAAAAUCAGUACCUCUCCUGUAUGGAAUUCUCUCUCAUUUCUUACAUGGUGGUAAAGAAGAAAGUACCCAGAAUAUCCUGCCAAAAGUGUCCUUGCUGAAUUAUCCAAAGCAGAACCUUGGCAAACCAGCUGCUGAGAGAAAUCAAAAAGACAGAAUUCCAGAACCAGGAAGGAUGGCUGGCACGAGCAUCGAAGAGCCUCUUAUUUUACAAAGUGUAAAGAGAUGAUAUCUUUCAUUUUUUAAUUUCUCAUUUCAAGGUCUGUCAGAUUUAAUUUAGGACAUUCUUCGUUGCACAAAUUUCUCCAGUAAAUCCAGUGGGACCAUUUUAGCUUGUAACAUCUACUCGAGACAGGAUGACAAGGUCAUGCUUACUGUCAAUUUAAAAAAUGUUAGCAAAGCUCUCUUUCCCCACUGCUGAUAGAAGGAAGACUGUAUAGGGACUCACCUUAGUGAAUCCUGGAUCUAGAAUUGCACCUGAAUAUACUGAGUUUAUCCAAUAAAUUUUUAUAUAAUAACUUAUAAUUUUUACUUUUAUAUCCUUGUGUGUUUUUCCUGUGUUUCUGAAUAAAAUGUUUCAAUUUUA